AUGGCAACAUCGGUAUCCAGCGAAACAAGCCCAAUUCCACAUUUAACAGAUGGUAAACGAGCAAAAUAUGAUAGCCUGAAAAAGCAAAGUGGUGAUACAAAAAAUUCGGGUACACAUUUGCCAUCCACAAAUACAAAUAAAGGUCACUCAGGGGUACACGACGACUCAGACAGAUCCUCAACGUGGAGACGUAAAAAAAGUGAAAAAGCAUUAGUACAUCGAAUUGCCAACGAUUUACAACUAGCAGAAUUUGUCAGCAAUAAUUAUGUUGUUCGCGCAGAUUCGAGACAUCGUUUAUAUCUAUUUCGACUAGUGGAAUCCGGACUUCGGCGUGCUCUAUGGUAUCUUUCAAAAGCUAUCGCAGGACGAAAAAUUCUUUUUACGCUUUUACCUAUAGUAUUAUUGCUAUUAUCGCUUAUCGGUCCGUACUUCCAUCGUGAUACCAUCUCACUUGAAUCUCCUCUCUCAACAUUUUUUACUCCAACUGCAACGCCAUAUCCAUCAUCAGCACUUUGUGAUUUUAGAGAUAACAGUGUUUCUGUGAUACAAGAAGGAGCACUUGAGGUCUAUUCACAUAUUCGUAGAGCGAUUAAAAGAAUUGGUGUGAAAUAUGGUAAAGUAAGGUAUUCGUGGUCAGAUUUAUGUCGCGAAUCUUGCACUGACGAUGAUGACGCUAUUGUGCAGAUUAUCACUAGCGAUUUAGACGCUCCACUUACCUAUCCAGAAAGCUUGGUCUCGUCCAAAAUAAGCAACGAAACCACUAAACGUGUUGAAGUGGACGUUGAUGGUGCAAUUUCGCAUGCACGAGCAUUACUGCUUACUUUCCAGCUGAAAACCAAUCUGAAAGAAAUAAUACUCAACAGCUGGGAUAGACAGUUUCAUAAUAUUGUGAUGAGGGCUGCAAUUGAAGCGCCGAAGAAUGCCAGUGCUGAUGUCUUCUGGUGGUCAAACAAAGAAUUCAUGCACGACGUAGCAGCUUCCUAUAAACAAAUUCAUACAGCAUUGAUUUUUUCGGCUGUCUUGUUAGUGAUACUUUGCUGUGCACUUGGCUUUGGAAGAAAUUCUUAUCAUAGUAGACCAGUUCUUGGGUUUAUGAUAGGAAUUUUACUUCUAUCUUCAUUUGUUAUUAGUUAUUCGGUUCAACUGACUGGAUCAAACAAUAUUAAUGCUGCUGGAUUUUCCAUUUUUUUCCCGUUAACUGCAAUGAUAAUUGCAGGAUUUGGAAUUUUGCUAUUUUUCUCCUUAAAGGACAGCUGGCAAAAGUAUUCGAAUGCAGCGAGUGAUCCGGUGGAAAAACUGUCGUUGAUUAUGAGUUGGGAAGGCUGUAAUGCCGUUAUUGCAUCACUGAUUAUCGUCGUUUCUUUCUUAAUUAUUGGAUCAACCACCACAAAUCCGUACAUACAAUUCGUAACACUCGUUUUUGCUGCUGGUGUAGCAGUUUUGCUGAUAUUUGCCCUGUUGUUCUUCACUGUUUUUCUGCUUAUAUCGGGUCGCCGAGAAGCUAAGGGCUUAAAAUGGUAUCAUGUCUUUCGACACGGUGAUGCUAAUUUCCCAGCUAAAACAGUAAACUAUUAUGACGAUUCGGAACUUACCGUGCUUCAUGACAAAUUAUUGGAUGCUAAAUCGUCUAUUACGCGAUCUAUGGCUAAGCUCGGUUCAACCCCAUACAUGCGUUGUCCAAUUGCGUUUCUUUUUGCAAUCUAUCUAGUUUUUGCCUGUUGGGGCUGCAAAGAUUUUAGAGUUGAUAUGCGUGAAGAAUAUUUCCUGGCUCGAAACAGCGAAGCUCGAGCAUAUUUGGAGAACUAUCGAGAUAUGUUUAACCAUUAUGAGGAGUUUCUGGAGUUGACAUUUGAUGAGCCAGUUGAUUAUAAUGAUCCGAGAAAGAAAGAGGAUAUUAUUUCGCUAUUAGAUUGGGCAGUAAGAGAACGUUAUGCUUCCAAAUCUGUUAGCUGGUUGAAAGACUUUGCUCGAUUUGAAACUUCUACCAUAUAUGAUAUUACUGCUGAGACUUUUGUGCCAAUUGUCAGUCAUAUUUUUUUGGCGACAGAUAAUUUCAAAAAGUAUCGAGCAGAUGUCGUGUUCGACAAAUUUGAAACACAAAUUGUUUCAUCUCGUAUGUAUCUGGAACUGACCGCAAAAGGAAUAAGAGAAAGAAUGACGCUUAUUGAUACUCUUCUGGCUCGCGCUCGAGCUAUGGAAAUUCCGCUGUUUAUAAAGGCACCGUUUGCAUUUAACAUACAACAUGACGUUCAGGUGACUUCUACAGUACUUUUCGCGUUCGGAAUUUUCAUGAGCUGCGUAUGUGCCUUUACACUGUUGCUUUAUGGACUACCGGCAUUAACGGCUUUGGUGGUUCUUUCAAACAUAUCAGUAAUCGUCGGCGUUAUCGGCUAUGCGUCUCACUGGAAUAUCCCGUUGAACAUUAUUACUUUCUCAGUCGCUUUAAGUGGUAACGCUUUAACGACAGUAAUCGUGGCUUACUUUUGUUAUUAUUACGUUAAUGCUGGUAAUCUUCAAAAAUCUGGAGAAUCAAAAGUUCGCUACUCAUUUCAGUCUUGUUUGCUGCCUGUCACCUUCGCUUGCUUUGUUCCGCUGCUCACCUAUACUCCGCUCCUCACUUUUGACAUACCAGUCGUUUUUCAUAUUUGCAAGAUGCUUUUGCUGACUUCAGUUAUAACAUUUGCACAUUUCUUGUUGUUCUCACCCAGUGUAAUGAUGUUCUUUGCGGAACAGAUUCCCGCAUUUUGUUCCACUGUACGAUCCGCCUGUGAAGACUGUUGUUGUCAGUGUUUUGAGGUGGAAGAAAACUCUGGCAGUAUCUAUUAUAUUCCUACUGGAGGUCAUAACAAAAUGAGUGACUAUCAGGAAAGAAAUUAUCCUUAUCUUGUGGCACCUCCACCUCUGCAACGGAUGAUUAUGCAACCACCUCCUGGAUACUUGCAAGUCUCUUCUUCAAUGAUGGCUCCAGAUGUUCUGCCGUACCGUUCCAUAGAGCCUCCACAUGGCCGUGGUCAGCACAGAGAAAGGAGGCGAAGACACGACAGCCAUUCUGAGCGUUCUGUCAGCACAGCAGCUUCCCCACGUUUGGUAAGGUCUGCUCAUCCAACUCCGUUGGUUGACAGAAAAGUUUGCUCAAAAAAAGGUCAUUCAGAGAGUCGUUCACUGACUGAUUCCAUCUAUGAGGCUCCACCUUCUCCAUCCUACGAAAAAAUCUACAGAAAAGAAGUGGAAAUUAUGCCUGGACGUAGGAGAGAACUGUAUCGACCAAGCUAUGAAACAAAUGAUUUAUCAAUGUCAAGAAGGCGUUAUCAUGAUAAAUUUCGAGACGAUGAGUUGGAUCAAAAUCCGUCUUUAGAAAUGCGUUCUAACUGGCGACAGUAUUUGAUUGAAGGAAAUCUUCGGCAAACAAAUAAUCUUUUAAAGCCAGCUUCAAUGUCUUUCCACUCAACGUAUUCACCAUCUUCAAAUUAUUAUUUUCGGGACACCAAACGCUUCUAA